CCUCCUGCCCUGCUAUCUACCGCAUGUCAGUACCCUGUUCCCACUCGCUGCACCUAUCCUGCCUUUAACCCUCCUGGUGCCUCGGCACCCGCACUUCAACCUGAUGUCUGUACCCGGCCUGAAGCCUCCACCCGGCCUGAAGCCUCCACCCGGCCUGAAGCCUCCAUUCAGCAUGAUGUUUCUACCCAGCCUGAUGAACUGAUCCAGCCUGAGGAUCCUAUUAGGCCAGUUGACUCAAUGCCCGCUGUUGAUCCAGACGAUCCGGUACCUGAUGACACGGUGCCUGCUGUCAUACCUGGUGGCCCGCUGUCGAGCCAGACAAUCCAAUGCCUGAUGACCCAGUGCCCGCGGUCAUACCUGGUGAUCCGAUGCCCGCUGUCGAGCCAGACGAUCCAGCGCCAGAUGAACCGGUGCCCGCUG